CGGGGCGACCGUCCCGGUGUCCCCGACGGAUAUCCGGCGGGUGACCCUUGCAAGUCGUGCUGGUGGGCCACCUCUCCCCCGGGCAGGAGGCAUGGGGCUGGAGGACGAGAGGAGGAUGCUGGCGGGGGCCGGGGACCCCAAAGAGGAGGAAGAGGAGGAGGAGGAGAUGGUGGACCCUCUGACGACCGUGCGGGAGCACUGCGAGCAGCUGGAGAAAUGCGUGAAGGCCCGGGAGCGCCUGGAGCUGUGUGACGCCCGCGUGGCGUCCCGCUCGCACACGGAGGAGGACUGCACCGAGGAGCUCUUCGACUUCUUGCACGCCCGGGACCACUGCGUGGCACACAAACUCUUCAACAGCGUGAAAUAGAGGAGGUCCGGGGUCCCAGCCCCCUCCCCACGACACCCCCCCCCCCACGGGAUUGGGCAGCCCCCCCCCGCCCGCCCCGCGCCUUCCGUGGGCUCCGCGUCCAUUCGCUUACCACCCGUGAAGACCUCGGGGCCGGCCCGUGCGUGACUUGUGUUCCAGCAACUGAUGCCUCUUAAUAAAGCUCAGCCGCCUGUGGAAAUGCC